GGACACUUAGGUUGAUUCCAAAUCUUGGCUAUUGUGAAUAGUGCUACAAUAAACAUAGGAGUGCAGAUAGCGUUUUGAUAUACUGAAAUCCCUUCCUUUGGGUAUGUGUGUGUAUGUGUGUGUAUAUAUAUAUAUACACACACACACACACACACAUACACAUACAUAAAAAGGAAUUUUAAACUAUCGUUUUCCUUAACUUCACCAUGGUACGUUUCAUGACCCCUUCAUUUAACUCCAGCCCAUUUGGUUUCUCUGCAACUGGACUCUAUCUGUCCUUUCCCAAAGAUGUGCUUAUGAACCUCUCUCAUCUGUGUGGACACCUACACCUUCUGUGGCAACAGCUGUCAUCUCUUUGGGCAACUCCUAAAUGUACUUAUUAACACAUGAAUUUGGUACCUCCUAUGAACUGUUGCAGACGCUGAGGAUACAGCAGUUAACGAGACAAUGUCUCCAGCUUUAGGAAACUUUCAUUCAUAGUGGGGAAGUACAAACAAUGUAGGUUCUAGUAUGAGGAGCACUUGCACUCAAAUAAAGCAGAGGAAGAGGGUGAUGGGGUUGCAGGGAAGUGGCUGUUCUGAGCAGGGGAGAUGCCGGUGGAAGCCGAACAGUGGCGAGGAGUGAGCCAGGUGGAGGUCUGCAGCGUGUUCUGGGCCUUUACCCCCACCCUGCCCUCUCUCAUACUGCACCUGGAAUUUCUAUGGAGCCCUCGAGGCUUCCAGCGAAAUGUCCUGCUGUCUCUUAAGUUUUAUACAUCUCCUUUCUUGCCACCACCUCCCUGCCAGAACACCCCUGCCGACACUAGCCCUCCAUGCCCUGCCAGCUCUUGUGUCUCCUUCUCUGAUACCCAGCCCUGGCUCUGCAGCAGUCCUGCUGACAUUCUCUUCACAUGUCUGUUUUGUGUCUGCCUCUGACAAUUCCAGUGUGACCGCUCGAGCUCCACCCUACCUUAGGCAGGAGGACAGGUGCCGUGCAGCCGAGAAACCAAUCACAGAAACAUCAGGCAGGUCACAGUGUUAGUGACCAGGCUGGAGCAGCAGGCUCCAGGCACAGCCCCUGGCAGGGGCCUGCUGGGAGGGCCCAGCUAGGGACACACCCCAGGCACGGCUGGACAAGGAGGCUAUCCCCCACUGCUGUGCGAGUUCACACUUUGCUGCUGCUUUACCUUCCUCCUGGAUGUGGUGUCUUAGACCAUCUCACUGGCCCACUAUGGUCAUCACACCCUUCCUGCCAGGGCUGAGGACGGAGGACGUCUAGCCCUUUGCUCCAUAUUGGGGGAGAAGGUCCCCAAAAGAGAUUAGGGUCCUGGCCAGUGUCUGCUGCUUGGUUGAACAUUCAGAAAUUUAAAGGGUUCCUUGUGGUGUGGAGCUAGGCUGUCCAACGGAGCUUUCUGGGAGGACAGAAAUGUUCCCUAACCUGCACUGUUCAGAGCAGUGGGCACGAGCCACAUGCAGUUGGGACGUAGCCAAUGAGAAAGAAGGGCUGAGCUUUUGUCUUAGUUAAUUUAAAUUCAGUUGCCACACAUGCCUGUGGCCACCGUGUUGGACAACAUGGGUCUGGAGAGUUGCACGGUCAUUCUAGCCUAACAUUCCAGACCUUCCUCCAGCUGGCUGCGUCGCCUCCUUUGUCACAAGACAGGCUGCUGGCUGCAGCUGUCCCUGCCGCUAUGCCUUUGUUCCUGUGGUCUUGUUUCUAGAGCAUCUCUCUGCUUGUCAGAAACAGUGGACAAGCUGCCAUCUUCAGAGCCUUCCCUGAUUAUCCCCAGAGAGAGGCCCCUGUAUCUGCCUUCCCUCCUGUUGUGAAGGGCGAAGUCCGUCACUGCUCACACAGCUCGUGCACUAAGGCCGUGUGGCCUUCACACCAUCCAUCAGAUUCUGCUGUGCUGCAGCCAGGCUUGGGGGCUUCUUGCAGUCUCUGAGGCACCAUGAAUGCCAUUGUUGCUCUCUGUCACUUCUGCGAGCUCCAUGGCCCUCGUACUCUCUUCUGCACGGAGGUGCUCCAUGCCCCACUUCCCCAAGGGGCUGAGGACAGGGACAGCCCUCACCAGGGCCAGCAGGCCGAGGAGGAGGAAGGCGGCAUUCAGAUGAGCAGCCGGAUCCGCGCACACAGCCCGGCGGAAGGGGCCAGCACCGAGUCCAGCAGCCCUGGGCCCAAAAAGUCAGACAUGUGUGAGGGCUGCCGGUCACUGUCUGCAGGACACCCAGGGUACAUCAGCCACGAUAAGGAGACCUCGAUCAAGUACGUCAGUCACCAGCACCCCAACCACCCGCAGCUGUUCAGCAUUGUCCGCCAGGCCUGCGUCCGGAGCCUGAGCUGUGAGGUCUGCCCUGGCCGUGAGGGGCCCAUCUUCUUUGGUGACGAACAGCAUGGCUUUGUGUUCAGCCACACCUUCUUCAUCAAAGACAGCCUGGCCAGGGGCUUCCAGCGCUGGUACAGCAUCAUCACCAUCAUGAUGGACCGGAUCUACCUCAUCAACUCCUGGCCCUUCCUACUGGGGAAGGUCCGGGGCAUCAUCGAUGAGCUCCAGGCCAAGGCGCUCAAGGUGUUCGAGGCAGAGCAGUUCGGGUGCCCCCAGCGUGCUCAGAGGAUGAACACAGCCUUCACGCCAUUCCUACACCAGAGGAACGGCAACGCUGCCCGCUCACUGACGUCACUCACCAGCGAUGACAACUUGUGGGCAUGCCUUCACACCUCCUUUGCUUGGCUCCUGAAAGCAUGUGGCAGCCGACUGACCGAGAAGCUCUUGGAGGGUGCACCGACCGAAGACACCUUGGUCCAGAUGGAGAAGCUCGCUGACUUAGAAGAGGAAUCAGAAAGCUGGGACAACUCUGAGGCUGAAGAAGAGGAAAAAGCCCCUGUGUUGCCAGAGGGUGCAGAAGGACGGGAGCUGAGCCAGUGCCCGGCAGGGUCCUCCUCACUGUCAGGCCGUGGGGGCUGGCAGCCCCGAAAGCCACCAGUCUUCAAGUCCCUUCGGCACAUGCGGCAGGUGCUGGGUGCCCCAUCUUUUCGCAUGUUGGCCUGGCAUGUUCUCAUGGGGAAUCAGGUGAUCUGGAAGAGCAGAGACGUGGACCUUGUCCAGUCAGCUUUUGAAGUUCUUCGGACCAUGCUGCCCGUGGGCUGUGUGCGCACCAUCCCGUACAGCAGCCAGUACGAAGAGGCCUAUCGGUGCAACUUCCUGGGGCUCAGCCCACACGUGCAGAUCCCCGCCCACGUCCUGUCCUCAGAAUUUGCUGUCAUCGUGGAGGUCCACGCAGCUGCCCGCUCCACCCUCCACCUAGCCGGGUGUGAGGACGAGCAGCCUCUGAGCAAGUACGAGUUCGUGGUCACCAGCGGGAGCCCUGUCGCCGGAGACCGAGUUGGCCCCACUAUCCUGAAUAAGAUCGAAGCGGCUCUGACCAACCAGAAUCUGUCUGUAGAUGUGGUGGACCAGUGCCUCGUCUGCCUCAAGGAGGAGUGGAUGAACAAAGUGAAGGUCCUUUUCAAAUUCACCAAGGUGGACAGUCGGCCCAAAGAGGACACACAGAAGCUCCUGAGCAUCCUUGGCGCAUCUGAGGAAGACAACGUCAAGCUGCUGAAGUUCUGGAUGACAGGCCUGAGCAAGACCUACAAGUCGCACCUCAUGUCCACAGUCCGCAGCCCCACGGCCUCCGAGUCCCGGAACUGACACACCCGCCGUACGCGUCUUCUGGAAGUGGUGAUGGCAGUCCACAGACUGUCCCCAGCUCCAUGAGAGGAGGGGCUGUUCUUUGAGUUUCUGAGAUGCUGGGAUGGAGCAGUGUCCUUCCUAAGAAUGGGGUUGGCUCUGCCCUCUGGGAUCUGGAGCCAGUGCUGUUCUUAGCAGCCUCCCACAAGCUGUGGGAGUCGCCCCAGCUGAGGAAAGCAGUGGCGGGUGUAGG